AUGGCUGAUGAAAUUGCAUCAGCAAUGGAGCAGGAAAUGGUGGAAGAACAGGCUAUAAAGUGCCCAAGGCCUUCAGCAAAGAGGCAAAGGAAAGGAUCUCCUGACGCCCGAGAAGAAACAGAUAAAGAACGUGUAGACGAUAGUCUUCUGCAAGAUGCACGUAGAAUCAAAGAAAACACCAGGGUCUACAUGAACGCAACAGACAGGAACGUGAGUGCGAAGGUACAAAAGCACGUUAAUGGGAAAAUUCAGCAGUUAAUAGAUAUAAUGGAGACAAUAUAUGAUAAGAACUAUGAAAAAACGUUUUUAGUACAACGUGUGGUAAAGGACACAUUAGCUUCCUCUGAAAUGUAUGAUAUUAUAGUAAAUGCAUUAGUGGAAAAAGCAGUACCUAUGGUUAUCGAGGGACUCAAGUCGGAAAGUAAAACCAUACAAAGACCACUGUCAGAACCUCAGACAUCUCGGGAGUUUCCAUGCGUUAAAGAACAACCGCUAUUAGCCGAUGCCCACGCUAUUAUUGAGACCACGGAGAAUGAAAGUUUCCAGGAACAGGGCGGAAGGGUUCAUUUAGAUGGCGAGGCAUACUGUAGAGUAUGUUGGCCGAUGUUCGGGGUCGCUAUUCCAGCAAUGUCCAGGAUUGAACAUUUCCAUGAUCGCGCAUCAGUCACCGAUGUCAGGAAAUGGGCCAUCAAGGCUGGAACAUAG